AAGAUGGCUGCCGUCAGGAUGUGCUCGACUCUCUUGACGUUUUUACUUCUCCACGUUUUUUACGGCCUCGUCCCUGCUUUGUACUUCCACAUCGGAGAAACGGAGAAGAAAUGUUUCAUCGAAGAAAUCCCAGAUGAUACGAUGAUUACCGGCAACUACCGGACCCAGCUUUAUGACAAAAACAAGCAAGAAUAUCUGCCGGCUACUCAGGGUCUGGGCAUGUUUGUGGAGGUCAAAGACCCCGAUGAGAAGGUCAUCCUGUCUCGACAGUACGGUUCCGAAGGGAGGUUCACCUUCACAUCUCACACGCCAGGAGAGCAUCAAAUCUGCCUGCACUCCAACUCGUCUAAGUUCUCCCUCUUUGCGGGGGGGAUGCUGAGGGUUCACCUGGACAUCCAGGUGGGCGAGCACACCAACAACUACGCCGAGAUCGCCGCCAAAGACAAACUGUCGGAGCUGCAGCUGCGAGUCAGGCAGCUAGUGGAGCAGGUGGACCAGAUUCAGAAGGAGCAGAACUAUCAGAGGUUCCGAGAGGAGCGCUUCCGUCAGACUAGCGAGAGCACCAACCAACGUGUCCUGUGGUGGUCCAUUGUGCAGACCCUCAUCCUGGUGGCAAUCGGCAUCUGGCAGAUGAGACACCUUAAGAGCUUCUUCGAGGCCAAGAAGCUGGUCUAA